AUACUUGGAGGAAAAAGAAGGAAUAAAAAUUUCCUGAAAGGGUGACAAAGAAGUUGCCGAACCAGGGAGGCUAAUGUGGCAACUGGGAGUUAAUAGAAAAUGUAGCUCCAAGCCUCCUGGCAGCCAAAGCAAAAAAGGGAAACCCAUGGACCACAGAACUUUUGUUGUCUGGUAGAAGGAAGGACACUGAUUCCUCAAGAGCCAUGCUCAUCAAUCUGAAAGGAAGAUGUGCUAAGGAGUCCUUGCUUGAUAGCAUCACAUGAGGGAGGGAGGGAAAAUUGAGAAGCCUAUCUCCCUGGUGCAUCUAUUUGUUCAAUGGUAAAUAAAUUAAAACAAUAUUUAUAUCAAGGGAAGCACGGGUGUAUUAGGGAACUUUCUAUGAAACUCCCAUGAAUAUUAAGCAUAAACUAAGUGACAGCAGGGCAUUACAGGCUUUCUUGGGCUCCUGUAGUUGUGCCUCAGUCUCCUGGGUGAAGAUGUGACCUUGGACCAAUGACUUGACAUUUCUGAGCCUCGCCUUCCUCCUCUAGUAAAAAUGAUUAUUGUGCAGAUGAAUGAGAUGAUGCGUAUAAAGUGCUUGGGUUGAUAAAAAGCUUGCUGUGCUGUUGUUUAUAUCAUUAUCGUAGUAUCAUGACCUUAUCACUAAGAGCAUAUAUUCUGGGGCCAGACAGGCUGGGUUCGAAUCUCGGCUCCACCGCUUACUAGUUAGGGGACCUUGGGCAAGGUCACUUAGCUUCUCUGUGCCUCAGUUUCCUCUUCUGUAAAAUGAGGCUCAUAGGAUUAUUGUGAGGACUCAGUGAGUUGAUGGUUGUAAAGCCUGGGCACACGGCAAGUGCUAUGUAAGCGUUUGCUCUAUAUUUCAUAGUUUGUUCCCCUCUGCCCUUAGAACCUUCAGGAGAAAUGCUAGGAAACAACAGCUCCAAAGAGAGAAAAGCUAUUUCCAGACACUGAUUUAUACAAGGAAUGGGUCUCUAUAACACCAGGUGUCCUAAGAGGUAUUUGCUUUUGGAAGACUGAGAGUCAGAAUGCGUUAACAAUGGUGGAGUCUUGGCAGGUGGCUGGCCAGAUAUGAGCUAUUUGGGGGACAUGGCCCAUUCUCCUGUGGCUCCUCCACCCCUUCCACGGAGCCUGACGGAGGGGACUGGUAGCUUUUCUAGCAGGGGCCAGGGGCGUCCCUAGGGGAGGAGGAGGGAAGGAGAUCCCGGGAUCCCCCGCGCCCCUCCCCCACUUGCCCAGCGAGUAAUGACAUUCACGGAGAGGGGAGGGAGGGAGCGAAGCAGAGGGGCAGGCUCGGCGAGGCCAUGUGAUGCUGGGCGAGAGAGAGCCGCCGCCGCGGAGCCUCCUUCUUUCCUCCCUCUGAUUCCGGGCUAUCAUGGCGACCCCCAACAACCUGACCCCCACCAACUGCAGCUGGUGGCCCAUCUCGGCGCUGGAGAGCGAUGCGGCCAAGCCGGUGGAGGCCCCCGACGCGCCCGAGGCGGCCAGCCCCGCCCAUUGGCCCAAGGAGAGCCUGGUUCUGUACCACUGGACCCAGUCCUUCAGCUCUCAGAAGGUGCGGCUGGUGAUUGCUGAGAAGGGCCUGGCGUGUGAGGAGAGGGACGUGAGCCUGCCGCAGAGUGAGCACAAGGAGCCGUGGUUCAUGCGGCUCAACCUGGGGGAGGAGGUGCCCGUCAUUAUCCACCGGGACAACAUCAUCAGUGACUAUGACCAGAUCAUCGACUACGUGGAGCGGACCUUCACAGGAGAGCAUGUGGUGGCCCUGAUGCCUGAGGCGGGCAGCCCACAGCACGCGAGGGUCCUGCAGUACCGGGAGCUACUGGACGCGCUGCCCAUGGACGCCUACACGCACGGCUGCAUCCUACACCCCGAGCUCACCACGGACUCCAUGAUCCCCAAGUACGCCACGGCUGAGAUCCGCAGACAUUUAGCCAAUGCCACCACAGACCUCAUGAAAUUGGACCAUGAAGAGGAGCCCCAGCUCUCUGAGCCCUACCUUUCCAAACAGAAGAAGCUCAUGGCCAAGAUCCUGGAGCACGAUGAUGUGAGCUACUUGAAGAAGAUCCUCGGGGAGCUGGCCAUGGUGCUGGACCAGAUAGAGGCGGAGCUGGAGAAGAGGAAGCUGGAGAAUGAGGGGCAGAAAUGUGAGCUGUGGCUCUGUGGCUGUGCCUUCACCCUCGCCGAUGUCCUCCUGGGAGCCACCCUGCACCGUCUCAAGUUCCUGGGACUGUCCAAGAAAUACUGGGAAGAUGGGAGCCGGCCCAACCUGCAGUCCUUCUUUGAGAGGGUCCAGAGGCGCUUGGCCUUCCGGAAAGUUCUUGGAGACAUCCACACCACCCUGCUGUCGGCCGUCAUCCCCAAUGCGUUCCGGCUGGUCAAGAGGAAACCCCCAUCUUUCUUUGGGGCAUCCUUCCUCAUGGGUUCCCUGGGGGGGAUGGGCUACUUUGCCUACUGGUACCUCAAGAAAAAAUACAUCUAGAGCCAGGCCCAGGCUCAGCGCC